AUGGCGGUGAUGCUGGCAAACCAUAAUCUACCACUGGCUGUCACAGAUCAUCUGGGGCCACUCAUGAAAGAGUGCUUCAAAGACUCACCCACUGCACAGGACUAUAAAUGUGCAAGGACCAAGACCUCUUGCCUCAUAAACAAAGUAUUGGCGCCACAUUACCAGAACGCACUGGUGAUGCUGAUGAGGGAGAAUCCAUACACCAUCAUUACAGAUGGCUCAAAUGACACAGGAAGAGAAAAGAUGAACCCCCUUACUGUGCGUGUGUUUGAUGUGAAUAGGGUGGCACAUCGGUUCCUAGAUAUGUGCACCACAAGUGGAACCAGAUCUGGUACAGCAGAGCUAAUCUUCCAAAAGAUUGAUGCCACCUUACAAAACCACAAGAUUCCAUGGUGCAACUGUAUUGGUCUCUCUGUAGACAAUGCAGCCGUGAACAUCGGACAACACAAUUUAAUCGCAUCAAGAGUUCUGCAAAACAACCACAGUGUUUAUGUACAUGGUUGCCCGUGUCAUAUUUUACACAACACUGCAAAGCGAGCAGGUCUUACCUUUACUGAGGUGUCACAUUUUGAUCUGGAGGACGUUGUGGUUGAUGUGGGCUUUUGGUUUAAAGGAAGCACCAACCGCAAGGGAUUUCUGGCAGAGUUUUGUGAGCUCUUUGAGUCAGAAUACCUGGAAGUCCUACAGCAUGCCUCUGUGCGGUGGUUGAGCCUUGAAACCUGUGUGACCCGCAUUCUGAGAUUGUACGAGCCACUUGCCAGCUAUUUCCAAUCAACAGAGGGGAAUCAGCCAAGACUGAAGAGGCUACAGGGAGCCUUUUCUGACCCCAUGACUGAAGUGUAUCUCCUCUUCUACCAAGCAACCAUACCAGCCUUCACCUCUCUGAAUCUCCUCUUCCAGAGACAACAUCCAUCUAUAUUUUUAUUGCAAGAUGAGAUGAUUACAUUCAUCCGCAAGCUCUGCUCCAAGUUCCUCUUGCCCACAGUACUGCAGACCCACCUUAAGCCUCAGGACAUCCCAUAUGUGGAUAAGGAGAACCAUCUGCCUGGAUACAAACUGAAUGUCGGCUUCAUCACCAGGGUGAGGCUCAAUCAUCUCCUGGAUGCUGGGGACAUCACCGCCCAGAAAGUGGAGUUAUUCCACACCGCAUCCCUCAACUUCUUUGUGAAAGCUGUAGAGUAUGCUCUACAAAGGCUGCCUCUAAGUGAGCCCUUGCUGAAGCAUGCCAGGUUUCUUGAUGUGAGGCAGAGGGCAGAAUGUGGGGUGGAGGAUGCCCUCUACUUUGUUGACAGGUAUGCCCACCUUCUCCCCUACCACAGCCCACAAGAUCAUGACUCAUUGGGGGAGGAGUUCCUGGACUACCAGACCAUGCCUGUGCCAAUAUUGGAAGCAGACCCAGAUAUUGAGGGCUUCUGGGCCAACAUGGCAAGUUUAAAACACAAGGUGACAGGUGUGGGCAGGUUUGAUAGACUCUCCACUGUUGCCAAACUUGUGUUAGUCUUGCCACACUCAAAUGCUGACGCAGAGCGAGUGUUUUCUGUGGUGGGACUAAACAAAACAAAAACAAGGAACAGCCUGGCCCUGGAGGGGACACUGUCGUCUCUCAUGACAAUAAAGAUGGCAGACUUGGAGCCAUGCUUUAAGUGAGAGCCAACCCAAUCAAUGCUAAAGGCUGCAAAAUCUGCCACCAGCAGUUACAACAGACCAGACCACAGCCAGAGCACAAUAUAGGUUUAUGGAAACUACCUCUAAUUGAAUCAAGUUAAUUCCUGUCAAGUUAUGUAUGUAAAUAUUUUUUUAAUGUAA